GGCGGGACAAAGCACUUGUUCAGAGGCUGUUGGUCUGUGCGGAAACCGUUGUCUCUGUCUCUGCCCGGGACAGGAUCUCCAAGCGGAGUCACGACUUUUAACGUUAAAGAAGUUCACACUGAAGUUAAAUCAGAAACAGUAGCUACUUUCCUCACGGACAUAAUAUUUUUCCUCAGCUGCUUCCAAACUUCCACAGUUUGGGAAGUUUUCACAGGAAACAGGGACGUGCAGAGCUCAAGUCUUCAUUCCCCUCAGCGAUUCUCAGUUUCCUGACAUCUCUGAGUGAUGUUUGACAAACAGCACUACGAGAGUCCGCCUGUUUACAGCCCUCCGUUCACCCCUCCAUCCAACAACGGCUUUGGCCCUCCAGGCAGCUUCCAUGGCCCUCAGAGCGAUUACAACGCGUAUCCGCCUCCGCCGGGAUCUUACUACAUUGAGGACAGACCGCAGCACUUCUACAAAUGGCUGUCGCCCCCUGGGAUCAUCAAGGCCAUGAUGGCUGUGGUGAUAGUGCUGUGCGUGGCGAUAUUUGCCUGCGUGGCCUCCACUCUCAUGUGGGACUACCAGUACGGAUACAUGGGAAUGGGUUACUAUGGUUCCGGGAUGGGCUACGGCAGUGGAUACGGGGGCAGCUACGGCUCGGGAUACGGAGGUUAUGGGGGUUAUGGAGGCUAUGGCAACUACUAUGGCUCCUACAUCUCACCCUACUCAGCCAAAACUGCCAUGAUUGCCAUGGCAGCUAUUAACUUCAUAGGAGCGCUGGCGUUCUUCAUCGCCAGCUUCUCUAAAUCCAACAUGGUGCGCACCAGGAAGUUCUUUCUGGCCCUCCUGAUAACCAGCAUCAUCAUGGCUGUCCUGCAGGGCAUCAUUAACAUCGUCUACAUCGUCGGAGUGAACCCCAUGGCCCAGAGCUCAUCCAGUAUGAUGUACAAUCCGAUGCUCAUGAUGUGUCAGAACCUCUACCAGACCAGCUACUCACAGAUGGGAGGAGUGGGAGGCUUCCCCAUGUACAACCAGUACCUCUACCAUUACUGCUUUGUGGACCCACAGGAGGGAGUUGCCAUGGUGUGUGGAUUCCUGGUUGUAAUCGCUCUGGGUGUUGCAGCUUUCUUUGCACACAGAACUAGAGGGAAGAUCUGGCGCUAUGGGAAACCAAACAUCUACUGGGAGGAGCCUCUGGUCGGAGGGAAGGCCUCAGAGGGCAGAGAUGUAGAGGAAUGGGUGAACAAUGUGGAGGAAAGCCGCAGUGUUCAGGACGCCCCUACCCUGCUGGUGUCGGAGAAGGGGGGCGGGCUGCUCAACGCCUCGGCCAACAGCGUCAUCUCCUACCCCCCGGCCAAGGUGGACAGCAGCUCCUAUAACGGAGACACCUUUGACAACAACGAGUACUCAGAGAGAACCACCAGCCGGCCAUCGGAGGUCUUCUCCCAUGGCGGAGGGACCAGCUCCAGCCCUUCAGAGGAGACAGGCGGGGGACGCAAGCCCUCCGCCAACAGGGGCAAGAGACGCAGACGUAACCCGGAGCUGGACGAGUCUCAGUAUGAGACGGAGUACACCACUGGAGGAGAGACAGGCAAUGAACUCGACACAGAAGAGUGGGAGAGCAUGUAUCCGGAGAUAACCUCUGAUGCUCAGCGUCACGAUUAUAAGAGAGAGUUUGAUGCCGACCUGAAGGAAUACAAGCGUCUGUGUGCUGACAUGGACGACAUCAACGAUCAGAUGAACAAACUCAGCCGGCAGCUGGACACACUGGAUGACACCUCUGCCAAAUACCAGGCUGUAGCAGAGGAAUAUAAUCAACUAAAGGAUCUGAAGCAGACGUCAGACUACCAGUCUAAGAAGAGAGAGUGUCGCAGGCUGAGACACAAACUGUUCCACAUCAAACGCAUGGUGAAGGAGUACGACAGGAACCACUCGUGAAUCCACUGAGUCCUGACUCUCAGCUCUAUAAUCCACACAGCAAACACUCACAGACACGGGCCAAGAUACACUCCAAAAUACUGCAAAGACUCUGUGACAUGCUGAGACCAAAGUUACCUGCACAGCACCAACACACACUGGAUACAGAGGGCCCCAUUUACACACACACAUAGGGAACAUACUGUUUGUUUUGAUAAUAAUGAUCUAAACUUGUGUUUCCUUCAUUUCCUGAUCAGAAAUUUCUGAAUAACUGCUUUUACAGAAGAAAAUGGAAGCAGGACCCUCAGUUGUAGCCACAGCAAACACUGCCAUUCUCUAAAAGGCCCAGCUCAUUGUUUGCAGGGUGCAGCCACUUGAAAGGUUGUUUGAAAGUGACCUGACCUUCAGUCACCUGUGAUAACACUGUGCCUGGUUUCUGCGGCUCUGUUUGCUCUCCAGAUUGGCAACUUUUCUUUGUUUUAUCUCUCCACAGAUAAAGAGGUGGAACAGUAUUGUAGAGAAUGUAGUAAUGGGCGAGACAGGUCGCUGGGAUCAAACAUGCAGUUUCUUUUAACCCUUGGCAUGAUGUUAUCUUUGUCUCAAAUGAACUUUUAGUCGUGCUUUUCUCAUCUUCUGCGUCAGUGUUUGUAACUAACUUCAGUGUCAGUGGAGUUAACUGCUCUCUGCUGGGACCAUGUGUAUUUUUCCCGCAUACUGGCUUUUUUUGUGUCUGAGCUAAGACGUUGAUACCGAUUGUCGUAGAUGCAGCGAGACCAAAAAGGGGAUGAACUGGCCAAUGAGAUACAUGUGACAUUAUUGUGUUGUAUAUACGUUUAAUGAAUCUUGUUCAUACUAUGCACCAAGAACAAAUUUACAGUACGUAUCAGUCUAUUAGAAUCAGCAGAUAUCUUAGUAUUUGUGACAUUGUCUGUUAUUUGUACAUACUACCACCCAUAGUGGCUUGUUUUUUAAUCAGUGGUCAUUCAAAAUAUGCUUAAGCUAUGCAGAAUAGUUAGACAAUUUUUAUAUUGUUUAUCAUGCACGCUUCUCAACAAACUGGAAAACAUGUGUCACUGUUUCUGUCUAUAAGCUAAGCUCAUCUUUUCAUUUGAUUCUUCACCAAUGAAAAAGACCCUCAUCAGUAAUUUUUGCAUUAAUCCACGUCAUGUGCAAAGUGUUACGAUCUACUGUACGUGAUGAAAUUGUUCAGACACACUUUUGAUUUCUCAUGCGUUUGUAUUUUUAUGAAGUACAUUGUUGUCAUUUUACAAACCAUUUGCGAGCCAUUUAUUUUUGUAUGAAUUUAUUUUCUUCGAUGCUAUUAUAAAAGACCAUUUUUUGUAACUGUAUACUUCCAUAUGGUAUGGUGUCUAAAAAGUAUUGAAUUCAGUCAGUAAUAAACAUUUCUAAUUCUCUAAAAAUUAGUUAAACCCCUCUUUUCUGGCCUUCCUGGUUUAUAGAUAUCUGUAGCUCUGUGCAUCUGCAGUGUGCACCCAGCAGGGAGAGCAGGAGGACUUCUUGAUCCCUGAGAGUUGAAGGUGAGCUGUUACUGCCCUCUUUUGGUAAAAAUCACUGAAAGCCUUGAGCAAAAGCUGCUCAGCACUCAGGUCAAAUUCCAUGUUAUAUUACACUAUUGUACUAGUUUCCAUAUCAUACUAAUUGUCUACAGGAUUUGCCACAAAAAGUCAUGAUGUUAAUUUUUGAAGUUAUCAUUUUUACCACUGGUAGCACUUUCUUUAAACGCUUUAAUGACAUAGAAAAUAAUCAGCAAAUGUUCUUCUGCCAGUGUGGGAACCAGGUCUGAUCUUUAAGUAUUAAUGGGUGCCUCAGCUACUCUCAAGUUUAAACAAGAGUUAGUCAGUAUUGUGUGUUGAACAAGCACAGAACAAGUAGUUGAUAGUGAACGAAGAAUAACAGACGCUUUUAUGGCAGUUUGGAAAAACUAAUGUCACUGUAAACAUUUGUGUUUAAUGCAGUAUUUAUGUCCAAUGUCAAGUCCUAAGUCCUAAGAGCCCACGUCUUGAGACACCUCGUUUUGUCUGAGCAACCAUUCAAACUCAAAAAUAUUUAAGAUCAUAUAUUCAUUAUGUCAUGAAGCUGGAAAAUAUAUGCUGCUUGAUGAAAAGA